AUGAUAUUUCUGCGCGAGCUGCACAGGACACAAGACGCAGUGGCAAGAUACAUCUACGAUGUUCGGCAAGACCCGUAUAUGCAGCAGCUUCAGUUGGAAGAUUGCGGGCCUGAGCUCGAAGGCAUGAUGGAGCCACCAACGCUGGAAGUUCAGUGCCGUGCGCUACCAGUCGCUUCGAUUGGCAAAGGAGCUGCGUCUUUCGCCAACAAACUGGAUGCGGUGAUUUUCGCCGUUCUUCUUGAGGUUGGUUGGUCCGAAAGACCGCUGGAUAAUUUCGACGCCUACAGCAAACAGGUGGUGAGCGCAUGUUCGGAUCAAGGAGUGGAGCAUGACAUCGCAACGGCGCCGGCAAUCGAUCUAGCAGCGUUGCACAGGGAGAAUGCUGCCAACCUUGGUUCCCGCAGCGCUUUGGCGCAGAUUGUGGGCGACGACGAAGACGAUGCGUGCAAUUUCUUGAUUCAGGAUCUGGUAGACCCGCAGGCUGAGGAAACGAGACUUGCCAAGAUCUAUGCAGAGGAUGAGAAGGCUAGGCAUGCACGGCUUUACCCAAAUGCCUGGCAGACGUCAGAUUUAAAACACGUGGUUGACAAUUUGUUACACGAGUCCCUUGACUCGAUGCAAACGCUGCUUGUCCACCGAAUUUAUCAGAAUUUGAAGUCUCAGGUUGCAUAUCCUGGUUAUGGGCUAGAGUUGGAUACUGAAGAUCAUGCCAUUGUCAGGUGGGCAAGCACACUGACUGGACUUCGUGCCCUCGAAAGGCUCUUGAGGCCACCAACAAUGCGUGACCGGUAUCGUGCAUGUUGUGUUCGCAACGAAGAGGAUGCGAAGCCACUGGCGACGUGGAGCCACACCCUUGCAUCUCUACGUUGGGAAGCUCUAGUUGACUUCACCCGAGAUCUCCUCCUCUUGGAGCCCCUCAUUCGACGCACGUGGAACAAACAGUGGUUCAUGCAGGGGCUCCACAGUACCGGGCACAGGGAAUGGAGGUGUGACAAGUCCAGUGACCAUGGCGCUCCAACGGUGCAGGCGAUCGACGACGCAAUUCGUUCGCCAGCAUUUUGGUCCGGAGUGGCAAUCAUCCAUGACAUAUCCUACGAAGCCGAGUAUGUAGGACGUUGGGCGGAGCAGUGUUCGUGCUGCGCAUCAGGCACAGGCGCAGGCGGCCCAGACCCCGACCGCAUUGCCAUUGCAGAUGAUGGUGAACGUAAGAGGAGGCCUAGGAGACAGCGGCAUCCUGGCAGGGUAGCUUGUCCCUAUGCUGGGUGUAGAGCGCCGGAGCUGGCUGCAGGCGACUGGAUUCCGGAGCUGAAGAGAGUGAUGAACAUGGGGCGUGGCAGAUUGACGGAGUUCCUCGUCAUGUCACGCGCGGAAGAUCGCUCGCAAUUCCAUGCAGAUUGGGUGCAAGCACGCAGCAAGUUGUGGGCAGGUAUUCAAGUCAAGCUUGCGUACUAUCAACAGUUGCCCUGGCGCUUGUGA